CUGUCAGGCAGGAUCUUAGACACCUACUGGUAGGGUCCUGAAGACAGACUCAACAUGGCUGCCCCCAUGAUGGAAAAGCUCCGGGUGAGGGGACAACAGUUAUGUGGCUAUACCAAGGUUUGGUUACCUGGGCUGACCCAGAUCAGGUGGAGCCGAUAUGAUCCCAUGUAUCUUAAACCAGUAAUAAACAAAGAAGCAUAUCAAAAGCCUCCAGAGCAAUUAUCAGAAGAGGAAAAGGCUGAACAAGAGCUAAAAACAGUCCGACCCAUACAAGCUGCCCCUUCCUGUGUCACCAGUUCUGUGUUCUAUGAUCCAUUGAUAAGCAAAUUUACUAGCAUGCUGAUGAUGGGAGGGAAUAAAGUUCUGAGCCGGACCCUCAUGAAUCAGACUUUAGAAGCCAUUAAGAGGAAGCAACUCGAGAAGUACUAUAAAGCCAAUGAGACGGAGAGAGAAAACAUUGAGUGCAACCCUUACACUAUCUUCCAUCAGGCACUGAAAAACUGUGAACCUAUUAUUGGGUUGGUGAAUAUGCAGAAAGGUGGUCGAUCCUACCAGGUGCCUACCCCCCUGAGGGACAGCCGGCGGCGCUUUCUGUCUAUGAAAUGGAUGAUCACUGAGUGCAGGGAAAACAAACAUAGGCGGACGCUCUUGCCUGAAAAACUCUCCAAUGAGCUGCUGGCAGCCUUCCACAAUGAAGGCCCUGUAAUAAAGAAAAAGCACGAACUGCACAAAAUGGCAGAGGCUAAUCGGGCGUUUGCACACUUUCGUUGGUGGUAGAGAAUGCACCAUUCUGGCAAACACACUCUAGGAUGACGGAGACUUCACUGCAAGGAAGGCAAAGAACAUCCAGAUACAUUUCUUGGCAUACCACAUGCCUGAGCAUGCUUCUCAAAUGACUCUUUUCAAAUGAUGUUUAACAAACCUCAGAGCAAAUUACCUUUUGAAAUUUCGUAUUUUAGGAGUUCCUUUCUUGAAUCUUACAAGGUAAAAGUUCUGAUUACUCUCAUUUCCUAGAUGACUUCAAAGAUAUACAAGCACCUGUUUUCUACUUGCUGUACAUUUCAUUCUGAAUUCUUCGUUAGAAGCAGAGCCAAAUUAAGAACUAACUGAUAAUAAAGAUAGAAACCACA